UUUCAAUGCGUCUACAUCCUGAAAGUUGAUCACUAUUCACUACAAAGAUAUACAGACGUAUAGGAUCAGGUAGAAAAUAGGAUCAGGUACCAACAUUAGUAUGCAUUGAGAUGCAAGAGAAUGUAGCUCAUUCACUAAUCAGAUUAGCCUGGAUUUCGUCUCUGGGCUUGAAGCGUCUGAGCCUCGCUUAGCAACGGGUUGAUCUGGAAGUGCUUCAGUCAAACCUGACGAGAAACAUACCAACAGAAAGAGAUUUAUCAACUGAAGAUCAGUACAGGAGCCAUUCAUUUAACCAGUCAUUUAUAUCAAGCGAUUGACUGUCUGAUCUGAAGCCAAACCAUAUAAACGUCGUGUAGAUGAUCAUACCGAAUAACCUGCUCUGUAAAGAGGAUUUGUUUCAUCUGCUACAGGAAUUAAAACACCAUGUAACAUUUCCAUAAAAUGGCUUCGUAUGUGCUAUGGUCAGCUGUUGUUUGGACUCUCAGGGGUCUGUUUUGGACAUGGCGGUUUUUAUGGGUCAGCCCAUAUCACGCAAUAAAAUGUGCAUCGUGGCCACCGCCUGUGCCUGACACUAUUGAUAAACCUCAUUUACGACUGAACCCAGCAGUUGUAAAUUUAGAGACUGAGAGAAAAGGCAAACCAGAGAGCAGAGCUCAGCAUGAGCGCACCAGCGCCCUGCACAAGAGGCUUUUAAAAGCUGAAGGAGAGAUUCAGGAACUGAAGAUAGAGAUUUCCAAUCAGAGAGCAUCAUGGGAAAUGAGGUUUAUCGAACUGCAAAGAAGACAACAUGAUCUGAGAGACCAGUUGACCGCAGAGAUUCUGGUGAGGUCGGGAAUACUUUAUAAAGAUGCUGAUUCAGAAGAAGCAAGUGAGGUCUUCACAGAGUCUGGCAUGGAGAACGGACUCUCUGAAGAGAAAGAACUGGAAGGUUCUGGUGGUCUUAGACACAUACAACCAAGAAAUGCUCUCGCAGUGGAAACACUUAGAGAAGAUGCUGACCAAAAGAGUUUGUGUGGCAGUCAAGUUUCUUACCCAUCAGGAGUGGACGUGUCUAACACAAGCGUAAGGUCCUGGAGGGGAGCAGUAAGACCUCAUCGGGUGUUUGUGCCCCACUCUCCCCUUGAUCUGAAAAUUGGGCACAGGGUCCGUGUCAUGUUACCCUCUGGACGGAUCAGCGUGGGUACAUUACGAUACCUGGGCUACGUGCAGAACUCAUCUGACUAUCAUUUGGGUGUAGAACUGGAGUUUGCUGAUAACGGUGAACAUGAUGGCACGUAUGAGGGACAAUGCUACUUUCAGUGUGAAGCUGGACACGGUGCAUUCGUAGCGUUCAGUAAGUUGUUAAUGGCUUGGGAGUAAACACAGGAGCACUUUGACACCCAUCAAGACUUUCGCCAGCAUUUUUCUCCAUGGAUCCACCAUUCACCCGUUUACACUUUAACCUACUAAUAGAUAGAAUAAUAACUACUCGCUGUGAAAUGAGUUACUAUUUUACCUUGAAGGUGAAAGUCAGGGACAUCACAAAAGUAAUGACUAAUAUUCAGCAAAAUGAGUUUGUAUGGCCACGACGUUAUCGUAUGAUGAAAAACAAAGCAAUGUUUUGACAGAACAUCAGUGGUUAGACUUUAAAGGAGAACCGGUCUUGUUACAGGUUUACUAAUAGCCGUCUCUACAUAUUAAAUUGAAACAGGAGGAAGCGUUUGAACUAUAAAAGUGACACAUGUUUAUGUGUUUAGCUGUGAAAGAAAACGAAAACAAUUUUGUAAAUGAAGGGUGAUUCAGUUCAUAUCAGCAGGUGACCUCAUGGGUUAUUACGCCCACAUGGGAUCUGUGCACAUUUACACUUAUUAGUCAGAUUACUGUAAUCAUGUGAAACGUUCAGGGUUAUUCGAUGUUGAAAAAGCUCAAUUAUUCAGUAUAGUUCAUUGUUAUUAGCUGAAAGCCUCAUCAAUAAGAAAGAGUUCACAUACAAGACGCAGAUAGUAUGUGAUGAACUUAUUGCGUUCAACUUCAGAUUCUGAGUAUCACAUGAUGCUGAUAUGUUAUAAUCCUACACAUGAACAUUAAAGCGAUGUUUAAACAUCAUAGAUUAGAAACAUAACAGAUUUCUCAAAGAGAGAUCAUGAUGUUAAAAUGUGCAGACAUUUUUGUUAAUAUGUUAUCAAGGUUAACGCUGUGAGUUAUCUUUGUGUUAAUGUUACACACACGUGUGUAUCGGUGUGUGUUUUUUAUUUUUCUCACUUAGCUUCCUUUAAUAAAAAAGGAAAUUGCAUGUUCCCGUGAAUUAAGUUAAGGAAAUAAAAAAUAAUCACAUGACUUA